AUGGCAUAUGGACAACGGCACGAUAUCCGCAGCCGCCCUACCGAAAAUCCGUCCUGGGAUACUCGGGUCUCGGUGCCUUGGGACCUCGGAUCUCGCAUCUCGCAGUCUCGGGACCAUCACGGCAUGCCACCAUCAAGUCAAUAUGCCUUGGAUGAGCCGUCCGAUUUUGCACAACGUUGA